AUGGCUGUGUCGGGUCCAGGGAAGACACCUUUCAAUGUCGGCAAUGCACAAAAGGUUAUGGAUAUUAACACGUUCCAUAACCGUGCCGGCCACUUGUCCGAACCCAUUUUGAGACUGUCCGCGAAGCAGCACGGGAUUACCCUCACGGGCACGAUGGACAGCUGCCGAUGGUGCUUGCCGGCGGGUGGGAAGAGGGCGCCGGUGCCGAAGCAGGGGGGCGGGUACCGCGGCAAGAGGGCGCCGAACGACGUGUUCCACAUCGACCUCUGCGGCGCGUACACGGCGACGAUCGGUGGCAACCACUAUAUGCUCUUCGGUGUGAACGCCGCCACGGGAUGGAUGGUCUGCUACGCCAUGCGGCGUAAGUCGGAGGCGCUAGCGGUCGUCAAGCACGUGGUCGUGGAUGCUGCCCACAAGGCUGGUACCGCGAUCAAGUGCAUCCGCUGCGACUGCGAUGCCCUCUGGACCAGCAGCGACUUCAAGGAGUUCUGUGCCAGCAUGGGGAUCGCGCUUGAGUACUCCCCUUCAGGAGUGCAGCAGUACAACGGCGUCGUCGAGAGCGACAUCCAGAGGUGCCUCAAGGUGGCCAAGGCACCCCGCUGGGUCGCCCAGGAGCUGCAUGGCCCCGCAAGAUUUUCUCGGUUCCGCGGACUGAGUGUUCGUGGCGAUGAGCUCUGGGCGGAGUCCGCCAAAGACGCCGCGCAGAAGCUGAACCAGUCAGCAUCUCCUUCCAACCUCGGGGCUGCUGCCGCCGCCGGACCGUCUUUGCCGCCGCCGCCUUCGGGGCCCGCGUUGUGGCCCGCGCCUUUGCCUGGUGCUGCCGCUCCGCCGCUCCCGAGGCCGCCCGCGUCAUCGACAUCCGCCGUCUCACCGCCGCCCGCUGCUGCUGCCGCCGCCGGACCGUCGCCGUCGCCGCCGCCUCCAGGGUCUGCGCCGCUGUGGCCGUCGCCGCCGCUCCCGGACUGGUCGUCGACAUCCAUUGAGGCUGAGCAGUCCCCGCCGCAACCGCACCAAGAUCGGCGGACCACACAGUCGGCGACCGCACCGGGGUACGCACCUCUCACGCCCCAUGCUUCGAGACUGCUAGGCGAGGGGGGAGAUCCGCGGAUCCGAGGACGCACGAGAGCGGAAGCGCGCACCAUCGCCCAGCAACAGCUUUCUGCCCUAUCGGUGGACCGGCAGUUGCCAUCACUGCAGGAAGAUGCCGUCACCACGCCUUUCCCUCCGACCGAAAUCACCAUGGGGCUGCUGGCUCAAGCAAACGAAGACGUCCUCCUCUCCAUGCUGGAUGCUCGGCGAUUCAUGAACGGCAAGACAAUGCUCCGGCCAGGAUUGGAGGAGGGCGGCGAGAAGGGGGGCCAAGGCGAGCAGCUCGCGAGGAGUGAGGGCGUGGGAGAGAGCACGGGAAAGAUGCCGGAGGUGGACAUCGGCGAGGAGGGACGCAUGGGGAAUGGUUGGUCGAUCGGUUCGUCUGAGCGGGGCGUUCCGCUCGGACUUGUGGCGCGUCUUGCGACGCGCGACGACCUCGACGCAUCUGUGCGCGAGAUGGAGCCGCCUCUCUUGCGACUCGACAUGCCGCGCUGCCACGCCAAGGACCUCCGAGUNUUCAUGAACGGCAAGACAAUGCUCCGGCCAGGAUUGGAGGAGGGCGGCGAGAAGGGGGGCCAAGGCGAGCAGCUCGCGAGGAGUGAGGGCGUGGGAGAGAGCACGGGAAAGAUGCCGGAGGUGGACAUCGGCGAGGAGGGACGCAUGGGGAAUGGUUGGUCGAUCGGUCCGUCUGAGCGGGGCGUUCCGCUCGGACUUGUGGCGCGUCUUGCGACGCGCGACGACCUCGACUCAGCUGUGCGCGAGANGCCGCGCUGCCACGCCAAGGACCUCCGAGUACCCCAGACUUUCAAAGACGCAAAGCAGUGCGAGCACAGCGAGCAGUUCAUGGAUGCGGUCAAGCAUAACUACAUCAAGUCGAAGUUGAUUUUUGAUUGGAAGGUAGAUGCGUUCGGCUUUCCUACGAAGGCCAAGGCUAGACUUGUUGCGAGAGGAGACAUGCAGAAGGAGUGCAUUGACUUUGGUGAUUCGUAUGCACCUACUGUAACUUCAUCUAGUGUUCGUAUGUUGGCAGCUUUGGCGUGUGAGCUUGACUUGGAACUGUGUCACUUCGAUAUCGACCAGGCUUUUGUGAGGGCCCUGCUCAAGGAAGAUAUUUUCAUGCGACUGCCGGAAGGAUGUGGUGCGUUGUCGGGGAAGAUAGUGCAGUUGAACAAGAGCCUUUAUGGCUUGAGGCAGGCAUCUAGAGAGUGGUACGCGUUACUGAAGAAGUGUCUUUCGGCUUUGGGGUUCGAGCAGUGCAUGAUGACUGAUUCGUGUGUUUUUCGUUUAGUCGAAGGGGGGGAAGUAGUGUUGCUACUUGUAGUACACGUAGACGAUAUUUUUGCUGUGGGGACGAAGGCGAGGUGUGAUCAAUUCGGCAAGGACGUGGGAGAGUACGUGCCAGUGAAGUUUCUAGGGGAGUUGAAGUGGUACUCCGGUUGCUAUUACGAGAGGGACAGAGAGGCAGGCAGGCUGACGCUUUCACAGCAGACAUAG